AUGGAAGACGAGGACUUCCGAGACCUCUUUGGUGAGGCCGAAUUGCUUCGGGACUCUGCUCGGGAGUCUUUGACCGACGCGCCACCUCCGCACCAAGACAACCAUGCGCCAGCUCAGGGUUUCCAAAGGCAGUCCAGACGGGAGGACAGGGUGUAUCCAAAGUACUCACAGUACUGUUUCUCGCGUUGGAGGACACCCACUGACCGACAUCUAGCGCGGACGUCAUUGACAAGAUCGAAGACAUGCUGGAGCCGAUAGUGGAUGCGAUGCUGAAUGAGAAGGAUCAGUAUUCCAUCACGUUGAGGACGCGAAAUCGUACUUCCAGCAGCGGCACAAGACAGCUGCGUUUUCCGGCCAAGACCGCAGAUGAAGCAUGGCGAUUCGGUCAGUAAGUCAUCUCGGGAAUGCCAGAUCUUCACUAAUGCCUUCAGCUGUUGUUGUCCGUAUCCUGGAGCUCAUGCACGAGGCACUCCGCAACGACGCUGUUAUCAGCAAGCGGUACGUCGAGAACCAUCGGAUGCCAAAUGACAGCUACUGAUCUUUUAGUGACCUGUACUACCGCGAUCCCGCACUAUUCGGGUAUCAAUCAACUGUUGACCGCUAUGUUGACGACAUUGCCCUGACCUUCGGCGUGCCACGUUCUUCCCUCAACGUCACCGCUGUUGCGAAAGGCCUGUUGGCUGGCGCCGUAUCUUUUUGCCGUAAGGACGGCUCUACUGUAGAUGCAUUCAACGACAGAGAAGGCAUCUUGGUCCCCAGUUUGAAAGAUGUCUUGUCCGUCAUGAUGCAAAACGUGAGAUGGAUUCUAGUCAUCGAGAAGGAGGCCUCUUUUCGAUCCAUUGCUGCGUCCAGCUUCUGGGAUGUGAUUUCUGCCCGAGGGAUCAUUAUCACGGGUAAAGGCUAUCCGGACCUUUCCACUCGAGCGAUGCUACAUUUCCUGGUCACCCCAAGCGCCCGAAACGGCUUUGUCUCUCCACCGGUCUUCGGGCUGGUGGACUUCGAUCCUGAUGGCAUCGCCAUCCUGUCUAUCUACAGGCAUGGUUCUCAGUCUCUGGCUCAUGAGAGCAAGAAGCACGCAGUUCCGCAGCUCCAAUGGCUAGGCCUUCGCAGUGAGCACCUGGCUCUGGGACAUGGCGCUCACCUAACCCAAGGCUUGCUCACACUUACACCUCGCGACCGGAGGAAAGCUCUCGACAUGCUUGCCAAUAGAGAGUCCCUUAGGACUAGCGAUGGGUGGGAGACGGGCCAUGAGCUGCAGCGAAUGCUACAGAUGAACACAAAAGCCGAAAUACAGCUACUGGACGCCGUACCUGACGGCAUGGCUCAGCUUUUGCGUUCGACGCUUUGCAAGCUGUAG